CCACGGCUUUCUUCUUUUGACUGUAUAUUUAAGUUAAGUUUUCCGGGAUGUUUUCCACGGCUCUCUUCUUUGCGUCGCUCUGCGUCUUUGCGCAUUUGGGCACCUUUACGCGCGGCUGCCAGCUGCCGUCGGAGUGGCGGCCGCUGAGCGAGGGCUGCCGGGCGGAGCUGGCGGAGAUCAUCCUGUACGCCCGGGUGCUGGGGAUCCACCGGGAGCCGCUGGGGAUCCACCGGGAGCCGGCGGGCGCCGGGGCCGGAAGCAUGUACAACUCCCUGCCCUUCGGGUUCGGCUACGGCUACGAGGGCGCGGAGGAAGGGCUGCUGUACUCCGCCGAGGUGGAGCUGCUGUGCGACCAGGCCUGGGGCAGCAUGCUGGAGGUUCCCUCCGGAUCCAGGCUCAACCUCACCGGCCUCGGAUACCUGUCCUGCCAGUCCCACACCGUCAUGGAAAACUACUCCUACUUCUUUUUCCUCAGGAUGGACGACAACUACAGCAUCCUUCCUCACAGCGUCAACUUCCAGGACGCCAUCUUCCCCGACACGGCGGAGAACAGGCGCACCUUCUCCAGCCUCUUCCAGUUCUCCAACUGCAGCCAGGGCAGCCAGCCCUUCCACACCUUCAGCCCCGAGUGGGACAGCCAGGAGGACAGCAGGCUGUUGUGCUCCUCGGUGCAGGCGGCGCUGUUUGACGAGGAGGAGAGCAGCCGGAAGCUGCGGGAGCGGCUGGAGGCGGCCGAGAGGAGGAACCGGCAGCUGAAGGAGCGCGUCCGCAAGGUGAAGCGCUCCCUGAGAAAGGCCCGCAAGGCCGUGCGCAAGGCCGAGCUGGAGGCCAAGGAGCUGCAGGAGAGACUGAAGGCCGUGGAGAGGAGGGUGGGCCAUCAUCUCAAUGCCAUAACGCAGGGAGAGCCUCCUCUCGGGGCCUUCACCAGUGCAGCCAUACACCAGAGGUUGCAGCUCUAACCUGGAGCUGGACGUGAAGCUGGAGAGACUGCUGGGCAGUCUUCAUGCAAGACAUGGACAAAUGUUGCAUAUGAGUAAACAAACUUUCACAGUAUGAAUCUGUAUCACUUCCUUGUAAAUAACCCAUAUCUCUUUUUAUAACCUUAAUUGUUUUAACUGAGGAUGAGUGUACUUCCUGGCCAAAAUUAAAGGGGACCUAUUAUGGCAUCUAAUACCUAUUUUAAACAGGCAUUGAAUGUCUUAAAAACAAGCUUUUGAUUGUUUUUGCUAAAUAAAUGAGAAAUUCAGCCUCUGAG